AUUUUGGCGAGCUUCACCCAGUUGGCAGUCCCGGAGGGCCCACAUCCCAAGAGCACUCAAAAGAAAAGAGGAACAAAAUAAAAAUUUUAAAAUAAAAAUUUAUAAAGAGAAAAAGUAAAAGAAAAAAAGCAAAGUUGCUAAAACAAAAAGCAAGUGGCGCCAAACGACCGCAUUUUACUCCCUCUCAGACCCUGACAUGACAUAUUCGCACCCUCUCUUCAUGCAUUGUUGAAAAAACGAGACAGGAAAUGCAGCAUAGUAUGCGUGUGAAUGUGAAUGGAAACAGGGAUUUUCUCAUCCUCUUCUUCUUCACUUGCAAUGUCUGUUACAUCACCAACUGUCAGGUUCUUGACCGCUGCGCGGGUGCUGGCGACUGUGCAUCGGGUCUGUUCUGCGGCAACUGCCCUGCGACGGGGAUUACUCAGCCUACCUGCAUCAGAGGCCAGGCCUUCCUGCCCACUUCACUUGUUAAGGGGUUGCCCUUUAACAAGUACACAUGGGUGGUGACUCAUAAUUCGUUUUCGAUUGUGGAUGCACCCCCACUUGCUGGAGUCCCCAGAGUUACUUUCUACAAUCAAGAAGAUUCGAUUACCAAUCAGUUGAGGAAUGGUGUGAGAGGAUUGAUGCUGGAUAUGUAUGACUUCAACGAAGACAUUUGGCUCUGCCAUUCGAUGCAGGGGCAGUGUUACAACUUUACUGCUUUUGAACCUGCGAUCAACGCAUUGAAGGAAGUGGAGGCAUUCUUGACUGAAAACCCAUCAGAGAUAGUGACCAUUAUCAUAGAGGAUUAUGUCCAUGCUCCGAAAGGGUUGACGAAGCUGUUCACUGAUGCAGGCUUACUCAAGUUUUGGUUUCCCGUCUCCAAAAUGCCUGAAAAUAAUGGAGAUUGGCCUACCGUGACUGACAUGGUUGCUCUGAAUUACCGUCUACUUGUUUUCACCUCCAUUGCUUCCAAGGAAGCUGAUGAAGGCAUUGCUUACCAGUGGCGGUACAUGGUAGAAAAUGAGCCUGGAGACGGUGGGAUUAUACCAGGCUCGUGUUCAAACCGAAAGGAAUCACAGCCACUCAAGUCGAGAAAUGUGGCUCUGUUUCUGGAGAACUACUUCCCCACUAUGCCUACCCAAACCGAAGAAGCUUGCAAGGAGCACUCAGUUGGUCUUGCCGAGAUGGUUGAUGCAUGUUAUAAAGAAGCUGGAAAUAAAAUGCCCAACUUUCUGGCCGUGAAUUUUUACAUGAGAAGCGACGGAGGGGGUGUUUUUGAUGCCGUUGACAAAAUGAAUGGCCAAACAUUGUGUGGAUGUAGUACCGUCACUGCCUGCCAGGCAGGGACACCAGCAGGAAUUUGCAAGAGCAAUGAUGUGGUUAAUAAGACCCCGGCAGAUACUGGGGGCAGCUUUGCUGGAUCUUUUCAGUUUGUGGCAUCUGCUUCAACUUUGCAUUUCUGCAAUCUCUUGGCCAUCAACUUGUUUCAUAUUUCUCUUGUGGUGACACUAUUAAUAUGAGUCAGCCACUUACAGCAGUGGAUAGAUGGCUAAUGAUCUUUCCUCUAUAAUCGCUUCUAUUAUGUCAUUGUGUACACUGCAUUUCAGAGUUGAAAACAAGUUGGUUGCAUAUUCUGCCAUGGCUAGUGGAAGAGUAGAACAUGCUGGCUGCACUUUCAGAAUAUAAUUGAAGGGGUCAAUAUCCUUUUACUUUCUCAGACUGAGGCCAAGAUUUGAGGUGUGCAUCACCUGGGAAAGUGGGGUAGAUAGGCUUCAAAAGUGAUUUCAAAAUGCUGACAAACUCCAACUGUAGUUUAGGCAAGAAAAAAAAUCUCUUAUUUCCAACCAAGGGCAGAAGCCCAAGAAUUACAAAGAACGAAGAGGCCAAAGCCUCAAUGUAUUGUAUUGGAGCGGUUGAGAUACCUGUAUGAGAUCAUAGGAAGUAGGCUGCAUGCUAAGAUGACGAGGCCCUCUUAUUAGUGGCAGUGAAGAUGCCUUUGUAUCAUCAGUUACUCAUUUUAUGGUCAUUUCAGAUUUGCUGCAAACUUCACGGUAUAAUUUUCCAAUUAUUUUCUUCUUUUGUGCCA